AUGGCAUGGCCAGGGGCAUCAUGGCCAGAUGUCCAGAAUAGUCCCUGCAUUGCUGGACGACGAUGUUUCAUCGCUUUGAUGCGCGGCUGGCGCGGCAUCGGUGCGGCUGGGGCGGAGACGUGGAUCACGCAACGGCGACAGCGCUCGAGACGACAUACGAGGCGCUCAGAAGCUGCAGGAUAUACCAUUGGUAGAUGCUGGCUCGUCCAUCCCGGUCUUUGUUGGCGCGAUGGCGCGGACUAUCAUGACGCUAUCAGCUCAGGAUUUGGACACAAUCAGCCGAUGGCAUGCAGCAGGCAUCGCCGAGUAUUCUCUCAAAUAUGCCGUGUCUCCAUUACACCAAAGCAGUCAAGAAACCUCCACAACAGCGGUGCGACAGCAAUUGUAGGGGUGGCGUCUCGCUCUUACUCGACCUGGACCUACAUGUCGGUCAUGAGCCUACACAUGCUGUGCAAAACAUCAAGAUGUCGCGUGGAGGAUGGGGAUGCUGACAGGUGCCGGGCGAAGGUGCGCUGCCACGUCGUGAAUGCAGAACUGGAUCAGGCGCUGAAGAUGUAG